AUGCGUACUUCCAUUAUUCCUAUGCUGGCACUUGCCGCCGCGGUAUCUGCUGCUCCUGGUCCUUCUCGAGUCUCCGAGAUAGUCGGGCGUGCUUCGACUUGCACCUUCACCUCGGCCGCAAGUGCCAGUGCCAGCAAGAAGUCCUGCUCCACCAUUGUGCUGGAUAACAUUGAGGUCCCCGCCGGCGAGACCCUCGACCUUUCCAGCCUGCAGGAUGGCACCAAGGUCAUCUUCAGGGGUGAGACGACAUUCGGAUAUGAGGAGUGGAAGGGCCCUCUGAUCCGCUUCUCGGGCUCAAACAUCGAGAUCACUGGCGAAGAGGGCCAUGUCAUCAAUGGUGGCGGAGCCAGCUGGUGGGACGGCAAGGGAACCAACGGCGGCAAGGACAAGCCCAAGUUCUUCUAUGCCCAUUCUAUGACCGACUCAUCUAUUACCGGCCUGAACGUCAAGAACACCCCUGUUCAGGCUUUCAGCGUGCAGGCCGACAACCUGGUUCUCGACAGCAUCACCAUCGACAACUCUGAUGGCGAUGACAACGGCGGCCACAAUACUGAUGCUUUCGAUGUUGGUGAGAGUACCUACAUUACCAUCAGCAAUGCCAACGUGAAGAAUCAAGAUGACUGUCUUGCUGUGAACUCUGGCGAGAACAUCGUCUUCACUGGAGGCUACUGCUCCGGCGGCCACGGUCUCUCCAUCGGCUCCGUCGGUGGCCGGGAUGAUAACACCGUGAAGAACGUAACCAUUUCCGAUUCAACCGUGACCAACUCUGCCAACGGCGUGCGCAUCAAGACCGUCUACGAGGCCACUGGUGAAGUCUCUGACGUGACUUUCUCCAACAUAGAGCUGUCCAACAUCUCUGAUUACGGUAUUGUCAUUGAGCAGGACUAUGAGAAUGGCAGCCCUACCGGUACUCCCACCACUGGUGUGCCCAUCACCGGGCUGACUGUCGAGGGGAUUACUGGCUCUGUUGAGAGCGACGCUACCAAUGUCUACAUCUUGUGUGGUAGUGGGAGCUGCUCCGACUGGACCUGGUCUGGAAUUGAUCUCACUGGUGGUAAGACUAGCAGCAAGUGCUCGAAUGUGCCUUCCGGUGUCUCUUGCUAG